ACUAAGCUAAAAGUAAUGGCACUGCAAAGAGUCGAUUUUCCUGAAUUCUCCGUUCCGGAAGAAAUUCUUAAGAGCCAGGAAGAGUUUCAAGAAAAGAUGAAAAAUAUCUUUUCCGAAGACCUUAUGAAAUCAAACAGUUGCUGGGAAAAGCAAGGAGAUAAUUACAUAAUAAAAGUUGAUCUUCCAGGCUACGAUAUAUCAGAAGUAUCUGUUAAAUUAGAAGACAAAACAUUGGUAAUAGGUGCUUCCCACGAAAGCAAGGAAAAUGGACACGCCGUCAAAAAAGAGUGCACGAGGACAGUGCCCCUUCCCGAUGGAACUGAUACGAAGACGAUACAGGCUGAAAUGCCAACCGAAGGCAAUCUAAGGAUAACUGUGAAAAGCGACGGAAGCAAUCAACCAAAAAAGAUCGAAAGACCAACAACUCUGAAAGGGAUAUCCGAAAAUGGAAUAUAUUCUAAUUUACCAAGUGUCAAGGUUACACCAAAUAGAAAGUAA